UUUGCCUCCCUGCCCCAUCGCUGUGCCUGGAUUGUUCGCUCUCUGCAGUCCAACCUCGCCACAUAUCAGCCGAGCUAAGAAAACCAAACAACAAUGUCCAUCAUGGAGCGUUUCGACUGCCAUUACUGCAAGGACUCCCUGCUGGGGAAGAAGUACAUAAUGAAAGAGGACACGCAGUACUGCACUAAGUGCUAUGAGAACCUGUUUGCUAACUGCUGUGAGGGUUGCUCUUUGGCUAUUGGCUGUGACUGCAAGGACAUGUCCUACAAGGAUCGCCACUGGCAUGAGAAGUGUUUCAAAUGUGCGAAGUGCAGCCGCUCUCUGGUGGAAAAGGCCUUUGCAGCUAAGGAUGAUUUGUUGCUCUGCACUGAAUGCUACGCCAACGAUUAUUCUUCCAAGUGCACCAGCUGCAAGAAAACCGUCAUGCCAGGAGCCCGUAAAAUGGAAUACAAGGGGAACAGCUGGCAUGAGACCUGCUUCCUGUGCCACCGCUGCCAGCAGCCAAUAGGAACCAAGUCCUUCAUCCCAAAAGAUAACGGCUACUUCUGUGUGCCCUGCUUCGAGAAGCAGUUUGCCUACCAGUGCUGUGCUUGUAAGAAGGCCAUAACAACAGGUGGAGUGACCUACCAAGACAAACCCUGGCACCGUGAGUGUUUCCUGUGCAUCAGCUGCAAGAAGCAGCUGCCCGGUCAGCGCUUCACCUCCAGGGAGAACUACCCCUACUGCCUCGAAUGCUUCAGCAACCUCUAUGCAAAGAAGUGUGUGGGCUGCACCAAGCCCAUCACCAGUCUGGCAGGAGCCAAGUAUAUCUCUUUCGAGGAGCGCCAGUGGCACAGCGAGUGUUUCUCCUGCGUUCAGUGCUCCGUGUCGCUGGUGGGCCGCGGCUUCCUCACCCAGCGAGACAACAUCUUGUGCACCGACUGCGGCAGGGAGAAGUGACCUUUCCAUGAAAAGGUCACAGCUUUAUCCGUAAACCAACAAGAGCUCCUGUUCUCCUUUGCAUGCCUGGUCUAUAAACAAACUCUAAAUGUCAGGUGCUUAUUUGGGUCAUAAAUUACCAUUAGUUCUCUCACGUUGCCCACACACAAAAACUUGGCUGUCUCCAUAAGGAUAGACAUAUUUCUUUAAUGUUAGGCUGCCAUUGCUCCACGGUUGAUGAAUGUUCUCUUUGUUUGUUCAAAUUAAAACUCUCAAAGAAAUCUCAAACAUUUGUUUGUUAUAGAUUCUUAGGAGUUAGGAUUUUAUACUUUUUUUUGUCUCGUAUGACAGUAAACUGAAUAUCUUUUGGAUUUUGGCAUGUGGAUCGGAUUUUAAAAAAAAAAAAGGUUUUGAAGAUGUCCCUUUGGACUUUGAGGCUCAUUUUAAUUAGUAUUAUCUUACAUUGAAUGUACAAAAUAAUAAUUUGUUGAUUUAUCCAACGAUCAACAACAUAAUCACAAGUUUGAUUCAUGAUGAAAAAUAAUUGUUAGUAGCACCCCCAAAAUAUGCUUUGCUUUUCCACAGGUCUGAUUUUGAUUACACAGGUUGCUGCUGUUUACUUACUGUGAUAUGUUUACCUGGAUAAAUGUAUUCACACUGCAGAAACAUAACAUUAUGCAUGAUUUAUGCUUAUUGGUUGUUCCAAUAAAGACCUUC